UCCCCUCCCGCGGCCAAUCGGCGCGGAGGGAAGCGCUCGUGCCGCUGACGCCCCCGAGGGAGCCCCCCUUUUAAAAUAAAGCGGCGGUGGUGUGGCGGGACGAGGUGGGUGUGUGCUGGCCUUGUUGGGUCUCGCACGUCGGUGGGCGGACAGAGGGCAGGGCGCCGCAGGAUGCCCGUAGCCUCCGCAGCCAGGGACUGAAGGGGGUAGGGGACGAGAGGUGGCGAGGAGGAAGGCGGGAGCGGCGCGCCUGGAGGGUCUCGCGCCCGCUCCGAGGAUGGCGCCGGUGAGCGAGCAGCUGGAGCCGCAGGACGCGGGGGGAGACCCCGCCGCCACGACCCCCCUGCCCGGCCCGCCGGCGGUCGAGGAGCCGCGGCGGGCGAACGGCGGCGAGUGGUGUCCCGGGAGCGGCGAGAGCGGGGCCCAGCCCCGGGCGGCGGCGGAGGCCCCCGGGAGCGCGGGCUGCUCCGGGAGCGCUGCGGCGCCGGAGCCCCCCGAGGGCGGCUGGGGCUGGGUGGUGAUGCUGGCCGCCAUGUGGUGCAACGGCGCCGUCUUCGGCAUUCAGAACUCAUGCGGGGUCCUCUUCGUCUCCAUGCUCCGGCUCUUCGGCAGCAGCGAGGACAAGCAGCUGGUCUUCAAAACAGCAUGGGUGAGCUCUCUUUCUAUGGGGAUGGUCUUCUUCUGUUCCCCAAUAGUUAGCAUAUUCACAGACCUGUUUGGCUGUCGAAAAGUAGCUGUUAUUGGAGCUGCAGUAGGGCUUGUUGGACUCCUUUCAAGUUCUUUUGUAAGCACCAUUGAACCUCUGUAUUUCACCUACGGGAUCCUGUUUGCCUGUGGCUGCUCGUUUGCCUACCAGCCGUCCCUGGUCAUUCUCGGGCACUAUUUCAAGAAGCGCCUUGGGCUCGUGAAUGGCAUUGUCACCGCGGGCAGCAGCUUGUUCACAGUGUCACUGCCUUUCCUCCUGAGGGUUCUCAUCGACUCUGUUGACCUGUACAACACCUUGCGGGUCCUCUGCAUCCUUAUGUUUGUUCUCUUCCUGGCUGGAUUUACAUACAAACCCCUUGUUCCCAACACCAAAGACAAGGAGGGAGGAAAGAAGGGAAAGUCCAAAUUUCCUCCUGCGAAAAAGAUUUGCAAUUUCUCCGUUUUCAAAGUUCUUAGUUACCGAAUCUGGGCUUUUGGGAUCCCCGCUGCACUUUUUGGAUACUUUGUGCCUUAUGUUCACUUGAUGAAUCAUGUAAAAGACAGAUUUGGUGACAGCGUGCCAGAAGAAGUGCUUCUGCUAUGUCUGGGCAUUACUUCAGGUGUUGGCAGAUUGGUCUUUGGCAGAGUUGCAGAUUAUAUUCCUGGUGCAAAAAAAAUUUAUUUACAGGUGGCCUCAUUCUUUUUUAUUGGGCUGAUGUCUAUGAUGAUUCCUCUGUGCAAUGUCUUUGGAGCUCUUGUUGCUGUCUGUCUCUUCAUGGGUCUGUUUGAUGGGUGCUUCAUUUGCAUUAUGGCACCGAUUGCCUUCGAGCUCGUUGGGGCCCAGGAUGUCUCCCAGGCCAUUGGAUUUCUGCUUGGACUCAUGUCAGUGCCUAUGACAGUUGGUCCACCCAUUGCAGGUUUGCUGCGGGAUAAGCUUGGCACCUAUGAUGUAGCAUUUUACCUGGCUGGAGUCCCUCCCCUCGUUGGAGGAGCUAUUUUGUGUUUCAUCCCCUGGGUCCAUGAACGGCAGAAGUUGAAAGAGAGAGCAAAACCUGUUGAUGGAGAAACUACUGAGAAAAUGCUGGAAAAUGAAAGCACUUUGGUGUCAGACACGACAGAAAAGCCAGUCAAAGAACUGGAUUCUGGCCUUUGAUGCCUCUUUUUUUUUUCCCUGUACCAUCUGACCUCCUCCUACUGAAGAUAGAUUUCUACUUUUUGGCUGAAGAUAUUAUAUGAUACUGAAGAAGUCUUGAACUAUUGCUCAAAUUGCAAAACUGCUACAAGAAUCUUUUAUACCAUUGAACUUUUUGGUCAAGUCUUUAAAUUUGAUUUCAAGCCACAUUUUCAAGAUAUUUGAAGUUUUGUAGCUUUAGUGUGUACGAGUGUAGUGAUUCUGUGUGUGAAGAGAAUAUUUUUCUAAUCCAUCAGAACUGAUUUCUGGAAAUGUGAAAGCUGUUUUUCCUCACUGACCCGGGAUUCUUCAAUGGUACCUAUGAUCCAUCCACUGCAGGCACACCCCUGGGUGUUCAUAUUGGAUAAUGUAGUAGCUCUUAUGACUGAUCUGUUUUUUGAAGUUUCUCAUGCUGUUUACAGUCUUUUAUAAUUCUCUAUCAUGAACACAAAUAUGCAUCUUUUUGCCAAAAUGAUUUUUUCUUUAGAAAGCUAAAUUAUUAAACAACUGUUGAAACACUCACUUGUUUGCAUUCACCUUUCACAGUAACCCAGACAAAGAACAUUAAGAAUGGCAUUUCUGAUGGGCUCAGGUUUUGAAUAUGGGCAAACCAAGCUCCAAGUGCAAACACAUUCAGAAGUAAAGCUGCUGAAUAAUAGUUUUUUUUAAUUAUUAUUAUUAUUAUUUGGUGAAGGCAAUACCUUUAAGGUAUAUGUGUAUAAAUCUUUUUUCAGCCAAAACUCAGAGUAGUAGAUAGUUUUGAAACUGUACUGAUUAAUUCUUUGGAGCAGUAUUGUGAAUUAGACUAAAUUUCAAAUUAUUCUGUUGUACUUGUUAGGAUUUCUUUUUUUUGUUCUUAAAACCAAGACAGCUUUAAAGGAUACAUUUUAAGUGCAAUACCAAGUUGUUUUUAAAGUGGAAAUAUACAUGAGCUAUUAAAACAACAUUCAGCAAUUAAAGAUUUUUGCACUAAGUGAACAUGCAGGUUUAUUACAGGUCUUUAUAGCUGUGCUCAUUUGCCUGUAGGUUAUAUGGCUCCAUAUUUUAUUCAAAUAUAAAUAAAUGUCUUUGCAUGUCCUAUUUCUUGCUUAACAUCUUAAAUGUCCCCAUUGCUUAUGUAUUCUUAGGUAUUAUGCACUGUUUGUCAAACAAGUAACUUCUUUUUCUGAAAAAUGUUUAAAAGCAUAAUACUUUGAGAUGAAAACACUGCUUUUCAGUUUAUCAUAAAACACUUCUAAUCACAUUGCUUAUCCAUGGAAAUGGUUCAGCAAUCACUGGAAUACUUAGUCGUUCUUUAUUUCAGGUCCAUUUAAUACCAUUUAAUAUCCAUUCAAUAAUUUUUGUUGCCUCAUUUAAAAGUGUCAUAGUAAAGAGUAAACUAAAUGUGAUCUGGACAAAAUGCAUAUUUAAGUGCUUUUUUUAAUAAGUAACUGUUCUUGUUCUUUACAUAAACCAUGGAGGCAUACUGUUUUGCUUUUUUUAAAUUAUAACCUUUAUUGUUUUUUCUAUUUUCAUUCUUCUUUUUCCAGUGUUGUAGUAGAUUGCUCAGAAAACCCAUCCAAAACAGCAAUACUAUUGCAUUUAAUGUUUACAUCUAGCAACUGACAGAAGUUCUUUAAAUAUAAUCAAGCAAAGCAUCCUAAUUAUUGUAGACCAAAGCUCAGACUUAUUUAUAUAGCAGAAUUUCAAUCCCUACUUUGCGUGAAUGAGGUCUAAAAGAAUUGAAUCUUAAAAUGUUAGAAAGACACAUGUGGAGGGACUUGGAGGUGGGGGGGGUGGGGGGAAUGUGAAUAAAGCCAGUCUGUAAAACCGAGGUCCCUUCAGGUUCAUUGGAACUUGUGCUUUGGCACAUUGUAAGUACUUCUAAAAUAGGCAUUAAAAUAUGCAUAGUAGUGUUAAUUAAAAUUACUGCCUUCAUUACAAAAGUGAUGCUGACAGCCAAUGCUGCUCUUGUCUGGAGUGUUUCUGUAGAACGUGAUAUUCAGUAUUAUUUUCCAUUUGGGCAAUGCAGAAGGUGUCGGCUAAGUGUGGUAAAAGACUCCUGUUUCUUGUUGUUCUGUAAUGGAAAAUUAGUGUUAAUCACAGAUCUUGCAUUUCAUGUGUUUUUAGUCCUGAUUUUUAUACCAAAAACAAAGCUGCUGCUUUUUUUUAUCACUGGUGCAAUUUGAAAUGAUUGUGACCAGGUUUCUUGGUGUGUAUUAUGGCAUCUUCCCAACGUGCUACUCUGUAUCUCUGUGAAUUAUCUGGGAGAGUAUAGAAAAUAAUUGUUGUUAAGUUUUACAAAUGACACAGAAAUGGUAUAACAAUAGUGUGGAUUAAUUAUUGCCAUGCUGUUUAAAAAAAAUAAAAAUCCAAACUCUCAUAUUUGAGUAACUAAAAUUGCAUAAAAUUUAUAAAAUCCCGAAAACAACAAACCAAAAAACCACAAAAACCAUGACUUCAUGAGGAGGGUACAAUGACUAAUUGUUUAGGAGUGAUUCCUAUGGUAAAACCAGCUACUGAGUGGGAUGUUGGAUGAGAGGGAAGCAGAGUUAGGGGUAAGGAAGCUCUGCUGGUGUGAUGGUGUCGGAAUAACAAACCCAUUUCUGAUGCCAGUGCUUGUUUUGCAACAAUGCUAAAAUUGGAAAGGCUUUUCAGAGGAGAUAAAGCAAAUUACUGCAUAAGAACUCUGGUAGCAUCCUUUCUGUUGGCUUGUAUCUGGGGGGGAAAUGUCCAGUAGCAAAUGCUCUUUUCUGGACAAAAGCAUAAGGUGUUUGUGUCCUAAGGCUAGGUAAGAUGAAAAACAAGCUCAAAUUGUUUGUGCUGAGGCUGACCAACCACUGAGAAUCUUAUUGAGAGAUACUAGAUUCUGUAUGCCUUGAGGGUUUUAAAAAUGAGGUUAGAUGACACUCUUUAAAAAAACGCAAAUAAAUCCCCAAACUAACUAAAACAUGAGAAACCCUACACAAAUAGCAACUAUUUAGUAAAUUUAUUUUUAAAAAUAUUGAAUAUUGCAAAAGUGGAGAAAAGGCCUGAAUAUUCAAUUUUAUUUUAAUGGAAUAAAUGUAAAUAAGAUUUUGUAACGAUUUAUUUUUAGGUGUGAAAACCUGUUCAUGGGAAACCUGCUGAAAUCCUAUUUUGAUGACUCAAAUCAUGCCAGAUUUAAUCUUGUUGGGGGUAGAUUCUAACAUUAAAAGAGUAGCUUAAUUCAAGAAGACCCUUAAAUCAUUCUGAUAUAUCUCUCUCUUGGGAACAGUUCAUAGAGUACCUUCCAUAGACAUUAUUCUCCUAUCCUAUAAACAUAAUAAUUAUCUUUUCAUUGAAUGUUCUCAGAGUAAAUCUUUGGAAGAAGAUGAGUAGAAAGAGGUUUACUUAAAAUGGCAGCGUGACAUUUCCAGUCCUACCUGAUGCUGUCAUUUAAUACACCAGAUCUUGAAACCAAUACUAAUUUUGAGCAAGGUUUGAUUGGUUUAAUACCUUUUCAGUAGGUAUGAGAUCCUUUUGAUCUUAAGAAAACUGUUCAGCAAAGAGUCUGAAAUAAUGGAAACCCUUUGGGUUCUUAUUUACAUCUCAGCUAUGCAACAGUAUCCAAUGUGUAACUAAAAAAGUACUGUUGGAUUUGUCCUGGCUGUUUUUGAAGACCUGUACAAGUCUCAAACCCAGACUUCAAAUUAUAACGUAGUUAGAAUUUCUUGCAUCCAGGUCUUUUUCUGUUCAGCAUUAGCAUUUAAAUUAUUUUUCUAAUUUUAUUUCCAGUGACCAUUUAUUGUCCCUGAAAAUUGCUCCCACAAGUCAAAGAUGCUACAGCUGUUCUGUGGCCUUUCUUCAGGGUGUAUUUGGCAUCAGAUGAGGCAGACAAACUGACACUGUUCUCCUUUGGCACUUCAUGCAUAAUAUCUGGGCAUAUACAUUCCCUCCUCCCUGCAGAGACACUGGAUUGUCAAACUGAUGCCCACCACAUUGGAUAUGGGUGGUACUUUCCAGCCUUCCCUGGAUGAAACCCUUGAGCAGCCACAGCCCGGCAGAGCAGGCAGGUUUUGGAGCCGUGGGAGGUGUGAGGUUGGGUCACCCUUGCUGGAGGCAGCUCUCGCAGGUACCGGAUGGACGCUUUGAUCGAAGGCUCGUGGUGUAAAAAAAGGGACGCUGCCAUUGAAAAGCAGAAGUGCCCUGCUGAGUGCCUUGCCUCAGGUAGUACAUGCCAAAGGGACAGGAGGUGCUUCCUUGCAGCUCCAAAGGGAGUAUGUCACGUUGGGAAUCAGUGCUACAAUCCUUCAGGUCAUCCAUAUGGGUUGACUUAAGCAGCUGGGUUCUCCCUGUGCUGGCAUGGGGAGCAGUUUCCUACCUCACUGCUUGCAGAGGGGCUCAGCUGGGCCCUCUGAGCAGGGAGCAGAGGUAAUGCCUGAUCUGGGGUCUGGAUUCCCCUUUGGAGAGCUGGAAGUGUUACAGAAGUCAGAAAGGACCCUCUGCUAUUAAGAAUGUGUGUGAAUGUAUCUAUAAAUACAGUGUGUUUUGGCCAGGGUGUGCACAAAUGUUCUGCAUUUCCCCAGGGGAGGUGUAGUACUGGAAUGUGAGAGAUGGCUGAGGAGAAAUGAACCCUUUCUUUGUGUGUCUCCCUGUUGACAAGCCCAGCACCAUUAGAGUUCCAGCCAGCCAGUGAGUUUCUAGUCAUGUAAACUUUGGCAUAUGUGCAGUAUGCCUUCUAGUCUGUAUAUGUGGUGUCAACAGUUGUAAUGUUUUGGAAGUGCGUAUGCUAAGAUUAGAGUGAUUUUAUACCAAAGUGUUUGCUAAUAUUGACAACAUCUUUAAGCAUCUUUAUAGACAUCAUAUUUUGUAUGUUGUUUUUGAUAUUAAAGGAUACAUGUUUUGCUAGCCUUAACUCCAGUUUUUCAAGUUCUGCUUUGUUAGAAGGUAAAAAAUGAAUGUUUAAUGUUUUUCAUGGUGCUAAAGUAACUGUGGUUAGUCUCAAAUUAUUCAGAAUAAAUAUGGUAGUUCUUAAGUGC